AUGGCUGACAAAAGAAUUGUAUGGCUUGUUAGCUCCCUGGAGCACCUUGGAUCAGAGGCACUCUCCAUGCCAAUGAUGACUGAAGGUGACUUAACACGGCUGAAGACCUAUUCCUCUCCUGAAAUACGCUCUGGGGUUUACUUUGCCACUGGACUCCAGGAAGAAGAAAGGGGUGCUGUGCACAAACGCAGUUUCAAGGUGUUGGAGGGUCUAAAAAAGCUGAACAUCCAAGCAGACCAGGCUCCAGUCAUUGCUGUCCUGGGCUCUGGUGGGGGGCUUCGAGCCUACAUCGCUUGUCUUGGUGUGCUGAGUGAGAUGAAAGAACUUGGCCUGUUGGAUGCUGUCACAUACCUGGCAGGCAUUUCUGGAUCCACUUGGGCACUGUCUUCAUUCUAUACCAAGAAUGGAAAUAUGCAGGGGAUGGAAGAGGAGCUGAAACAUCGGUAUGAGAAGAAUGAGUGGCACUUUGAUGAGAGCCUGGACAAAACCAUCCAGGCAUCAAGGAGGGAAAAUUAUUCCCUGACUGACUUUUGGGCCUAUUUGGUUGUUUCCAGGCAAACCAGAGAGCUUCAUGAUUCAAAUUUGUCCAGCUUCAAGAAGCAAGUAGAAGAAGGAGUGUUGCCCUAUCCCAUCUUUGCAGCCAUUGAUGAUGACCUUCAGGAUGAUUGGAGGGAGAAAAAAGUACAAAAUUCCUGGUUUGAAUUCACUCCUCAUCAUGCUGGAUAUCCUGCACUUAGGGCUUAUGUCCCCAUCACAGAGUUUGGAAGCAGAUUUGAAAAUGGAAAACUGGUUAGACCUGAGCCUGAGCAAGACCUGACUUUCCUGAGAGGUUUAUGGGGAAGUGCCCUUGCUGAUAUUAAAGAAGAUAAGGCAUUUAUUAGGGACUAUUUCAAGGACAUGUGGGAAAAACUGAAGUUCUUAACAGGGGCUAAAACAAUGAUAUACUCAAGUGCAGCACAAAUGAAUGUGGAUGAAAUGUUCUUGGAUUUACUGAUGGCUUAUGCCAUAGAUCAGGAUGACCCUAGCAUCAAGGAUAAGCUCUGUGUCAUGCAGCAGGCUCUGGGUCCUGAGACAGGUGAGUUUGGCAAAGAGAUGGCUGAGAUGAUCCAGAAUUGGAAUGAGAUCUCCCCAGAGAAGAAGGAGCAGUUUCUGGACUAUCUGUUGGAUUACUUGAAGAAGACACAAGAGCCCAUCACAAAGAGCUUGAGCUGUAUCAGUAACUGGAUUAGGGAUAAAUGUUUACUCUAUGAUAUUGGAACUUUUGUGAAAAAAACUUUAAAUUGCCUUCAGACGUGGCGGUGGGGAACUGUUUACAACUUCCUUUAUAAACAUGGUAACAUUCCAGAUGAGACCAUGUGCAGCCGGGAGUUUCUCCAUCUGGUGGACGCUGGUCUUGCCAUCAACACUCCCUACCCACUUAUUCUGACUCCUGUUCGUGAAGCUCACCUCAUCCUCUCAUUUGACUUCAGUGAUGGGGAUCCAUUUGAGACCAUCAGGGCCACAGCAGACUACUGUCACCAGCAUGAAAUCCCUUUUCCUGAAGUGAGUGAAGAUCAGCUGAAGGAGUGGGCCAAAUCCCCGAAGAGCUGCUACAUCCUCAGAGGGGAAACAGGACCUGUUGUCAUGCACUUUCCUCUCUUCAACAAAGACAACUGUGGAGAUGACAUUGAGACUUGGAGAAAAAAAUAUAAGACAAUGAAACUAUCUGAUUCAUACACACCGAGCAUGGUGACAGAUUUGCUGAGGGUAUCUAAGGAGAAUGUGCAGAAAAACAAAGACAAAAUUGUCAAUGAGAUGAGGGAAGUCACUGGGUGAGUGUCAGGCUACAGUUGCUCUGAUGUCUGAGUUGGAUCUUGUUUCAGAGCUAAGUUCUAGUAAUCUGCUGUGAGAGUUGUGGGUGUGGUUUGCAACUGAGGUUUUGCCUAGAAUUUCCCUUGUGAGGGCCUUGGCCUUUAUCUAAGAAUAGAGCCACUGCCUAGAAUCCUCCAUUAAGGCACCGAGAAAUUGGUUCAGUGAUAGACACCUUUUCCUAGAGGAGGUAUGUGUGUGGCUCAGUGGUAGAUGCCCUGUCUUGAAUCCCCUAGUGAGGUAGUGGUGGUGUAGUUAAAUGGUAUAAUACUUUUUUAGUGUGUAUGAGACCCAGGUUUUUCCUUCUUCCAAAACCUAAGCAGUUAUGGGAAGUGAGAAACCAUUCUUCCCACUUUAGCUUGCAUCUCUCUACAGGAGAAGACAGAGAGUAAACAGUGUUGGAGUUGGUAGAUUCCUGAAGCAGAAAGCAGAGUAGAGUAGGUUGCUAUGGUUGUUGAGGCUGCCCAGAGGGCCAGAGGGCUAAGAAAUUUUUUGUAAUUAAAGAGUAUUCAGUGAAUGGCUAUCCCAUCAUGCCCUCACAUGACAGUAGUCUUCACUCACUGCUGACCGCAGAUAUGUCUAUUACAUGACCUUCAGA